AUGCCCAAAUCCUCAUCGUGCGUAUUCCCAAGGUCCCUCCUGUGGCUGGCAUCUUUGGCAACUUUGGUGGUGCAGUCGGUGCUCUCUUCUUCUUCCUCCUCUUCUUCUUCCUCCUCUACAUAUCAGAGAUCUGCAGCCGGUGGGAAGCGGCCGGGCUUUAUGGAGAGGACGCUGAUUCUCCUGGAUGUCAACACCCGCAGUCCGACCAGAGUCCUCAACGACAACUUCCUCUCUUUGCAGCUGGACCCCUCGAUCAUCAAAGACGGCUGGCUGGAUUUUCUGAGCUCCAAGCGGCUCGUGACCCUGGCGCGCGGCCUGUCUCCUGCCUUUUUGCGUUUUGGAGGAAAGCGAACGGACUUCCUGCAGUUCAACAACCAGAAAAACCUCGCCAAGUUCAGAGGGCCGGGGCCGGACUACUACCUGAAGAACUACGAAGACGAUAUAGUGCGCAGUGACAUUGCAUUGGACGAGCAGAAGGGCUGCAAACUGGCCAACCAUCCCGACAUAAUGCUGGAGCUGCAGAGGGAGAAAGCCGCCACCACACAGCUCGUCCUGCUGAAAGAGCAGCUGUCCAACAUCUAUAGCAACAUUACGAUAACAGCCAGGUCUUUAGACAAACUGUACAAUUUUGCCGACUGUGCUGGUCUGCACCUAAUCCUGGGGCUCAACGCGCUGCACAGGAACCCAGACAACUCCUGGAACACCUCCUCCACCCUGAGCCUCCUCAAGUAUGGCGCUGGCAAGAAAUACAACAUCUCCUGGGAGCUGGGCAACGAGCCUAAUGCCUACCGCAGCAUGGUGGGUCGUGCGGUUAACAGCACUCAGUUGGCCCAGGACUACAUCAAGCUGCGGACCCUGCUGCAGUCUGUACGCUACUACCACCGAGCUCACCUCUACGGCCCCAAUGCAGGACGACCCCGCAAGAACGCCAUCCAGCUGCUGGACGGGUUUAUGAAGAGUGCUGGCUCUGCUGUAGAUGCAGUUACGUGGCAACAUUAUUACAUGGAUGGCAGAGUGAACAAAGUGGAGGACUUCCUAAAAACGCGUCUGUUGGACACACUGACAGAGCAGAUCACUAAAGUCACCAAGGUUGUGAACACACAUACUCCCGGUAAGAAGGUGUGGCUGGGUGGACUGGGGCCGGCGUGGGCAGGAGGCAUCAGCAAUCUCUCUGACACAUACGCUGCUGGCUUUCUGUGGGUGAACGCGUUGGGUAUGGCUGCUGUGCAGGGGAUUGAUGUUGUCUUGCGUCACUCCUUCUUUGACUACGGAUACACGCACCUUGUGGACCAGAACUUUAACCCUUUACCUGAUUACUGGUUCUCUCUGGUCUUCAAGCGUCUGGUUGGUCCAAGGGUUUUGGCCGUGCGAGUGGCUGGACUGCAGAGGAAGCCGCAGCCAGGACGAGUCAUACGAGACAAGCUACGUAUCUACGCCCACUGUACCAGCUACUAUAAUCAUAACUAUGUGAGAGGGUCCAUAACAAUCUACAUCAUCAACCUGCAUCGGUCGCGAAAGAAAAUCAAGUUGGCGGGGACGUUACGGAACAAUACCGUCCAUCAGUACCUGCUGCAACCCUACGGCACCGACGGACUCAGAGCCAAAUAUGUCCAGCUGAACGGGGAGAAGCUGCUCAUGGUGGACAAUGAGACAUUCCCAGAGUUCAAGCCUAAGACAUUGAGGGCUGGACGGACGAUAGCCAUGCCUCCCAUGACCAUAGGCUUUUAUGUCAUCAAAAACAUUAACGCAUACGCCUGCAGAAGAUAGCACUGACCCACAAACCAUUCCCCAGGUUGAUCCAAAGUCAAAAACUGUGUGCCUCUUUAUGCUUUUCUUCCUCUCUGGGAAAACACAGGGAGGUCAGAAUACCACUUUGUUAGGGUUUUUGUGUUUUACUCAAGGACACGUCAAUAGAGUGUACAAUUGGCUUGAUUACAGUACAGUCUGCUAUUUUUUCAAUGGUAAUAUUUAAAUGACAAAUAAACCCAGACCUUUCCUUGUUGUCUUCUCUGCUCUGACAAAGAAAGACUUGCCCAAGAGUCACAUAAAGAGGGCUGCACUGAACACUUUUCAAAUCUUUUCACCAGCAACUCCUAUAAGGGUACCAAACUUAUGGAUAGUGAUUGUUUUGUUACUUUGUAUAGAGUUCUGCAAUAUCAUAAAAGUCCACAUUCUUUGACUUGAUAAAGCUAUAUUUUCUAAUCUUGUAUUGUAAAACCUGAAGUUUGUUAUCUCUGUGUCUGCCAAGAGUUUUAUUUUCCACUAAUCUUUCACUGACCAACUGAGAGAAAACUCAUAAAAGCAUACACACGUCAACUUCAGUUUGAUUUGAUAAUUUCCACAAAGAGAAAAUGCCAUGGUGUGUGUGUAAGGUCAUGCCUUGACAAGCUAAGUGCUAUGUGUGAAUGUGUGUGCAUGUGUUUUUUUGAUAAAGCUACUGAUGUCUUUCCAGUCUGUUUUGCCUCUGAAAUUAUACUGUUCUUUCCUUUACAUAUCAAGUGGCAGAAAGGGAAAAUCUGUUUCUUUUAAAGGGCGUUUUUGUAUGUUUUCGGUAUCAUUGCUUUUCUGCUGCAGGUUUCUAGUGUUGUGUGGCAGCGAUGCAUAGCUGAAGAACAGUGUGAACCCAUUCACAACAUCUGUCCUCACAUGCAGCCUACAUCCAGACAAAAUCUCGGUUUUGCUUCAAAAAUAUCAACU